GGUGUGUGGCCACCAUACUUCUCAUGGACUCCAGUUGCAAUCAUCAGUUCCUGUUCUCGUUGCUCGAAGACAAACCACGCCUAACCUCGCGCCGCAUUCAUAUCAGACGUCUAUAUGACAUACUGCAUCUCAGUCUGCAGCAACAGGACAUGGCACGCGCGCGACGGGCAUGGGCCAUUCUGGCAAGAUGCAACGAGGUCAACUGGAAGAAUCUAUGGACAUUAAGCGUUGGCCUCCUCGACUGUCAUGUCAACGAUGUAGAGAGCACUCCAACAAAGGUCGACUACCUGAAGGCGAUGAUGUUGCAACAUCCUGACGAGCGGGAAAAAAUCCUCACUGAACUUAUACAUUUCUAUAUUCUAGCCGACAGGCACAGGGAUGCCCUCGAUGAGUUAGAAUUCUGCCUACCAUCGUUCCCCUACCACGACAACCCGACCCUUCACCUAUACGCAGGUCUCUGUUCUAUGUUCAAUGCACAACUAUCCAAUGACAUGAUUGAAGGCAAGUCCUUUGUAAUGAUGCAUGCUGCUAGUCCAGAGUGUUUAGCAGGAAACGAUGAUUCAGGUGGAACAGACCGUAAUCUUAUCGACCGCGCUCAGAUAUUCUUUCAGCGUGCCAAGGCAUUGGAUCCUAAUAAUACCGUCGUGGACUUGCUGGUGAACAUGGCACAAUGCCUGUUACAGGCUCCACGCACUGAUCUUCGUCAUGAGUCUGACGAAGAUAUGCCAGAAUCUCCAGAGGCUUCCCGAACAAAACGGCUGAGAGUCGAACACGGCACAUUUUAAUUUUGUUUCACAGCACAUAAACGGGGUAAUG